GCAUCACGACGACGACGGUUCUGCCUUCUGUCCUAUCACACUCGCUAGCCGGUUCACGUUCAUCACUUUUGCUGUGUUCGCCAAAGAGACCAGACGCAUAAAGCCGUACGGUUACGAGAUAGCAUAUCGUCGACUACGAUAUCUCCGCAUAUCGCCUUGGUGACGAAGAGUGGGUUGUUUUGUUCUGGACCGGGAGUGAGAGAGCGAUUGGCGAGGGGGAGAGAUUCUGUGCAGCAUCCUUGUGUUCGGCGGUGGUGUGCUUCGUGAUCCGUCAUCAUCAUCAGGAGAACAGUCUACCAAAGCAGGCGCGAGCGCGCGUGUGUGUAUUUCAACGUUUGCUUUGAUAUCAACAUUUUAUUGUGUGGUGUGGUGAUCGACGAGUCGCGCAUUCGUCGCAUCUACUAAACAAAGUUUAAGUGAACUGGGGCGAGUUAUCAGUUAGUGUUCAGAGUGGUGGACCCCGGGUUAGUGAGCGAUUGUGAGAGGCAGUAAUUAAUGAGCUGUAAACCAUGCUAAGCCUACCGAAGAAUAUCGAAAACAUCUGCCGGCUUUGUCUGACGGAGUCCGCAGAUGGGAGUGAUAUGUUGCCGCUGUUUCCGGUCCGCGGAGGAAAUCCUUAUGCCCCGCAUACGGUCGUGUCCAAGAUCCUGCAGUGCACCUCAAUAAAGAUCGAACACUACCAAGGUGCGCCGACCAUCAUCUGCGAAUACUGCAACGCCCGGCUCGAAGACUGGCAAACCUUCCGGGAGCAAUGUGUCGGAACGGACGAAUACCUCAAGGCCCACUAUCCCGCCAUUUUUUGCCCGGAGGAAGCCAAGGCAGAAGAGAUUAUAAAACAACAGUCGCAACUUUACCAACACCAGCACCAACAGCAGCAACGGAUUCAACAGCAUCAUCAACAGCAGCAACACCAUCAGCAAGCGCAACAACAGCAAAAAAUCCAACAACAGCAAAAACUUCAGCAACAACAACAGCAGCAAAAAAUCCAGCAACAGCAACAGCAGCAGUUCUUCCAGCAAAUGACCAAUCUUCCUCCGCAGACUGAAGAUGACAACGGAAGCUUCCUGUUCGGCGAGGAAGUUUCCCCCGAGGAUAUGAUGGACGCCGAAGAUCAAUUCUACGAUGACGAACACGAGGACGAAGUGGAACACGACAAUAUGAUCCAACAGUUGAACCGCCGCAGCGGCAUCCGAGUUCCCAAGUGGUCCAAAGAAUUCGGGGCCAAGCUCAACUCUCUGCUGCACGUCGUGGGUGGCGAGCGUCCCCAUCAGUGCAAAGUUUGUCGGAAGCGAUUCAUACGUCGACCGCAUUGCCGCCGCCACGUGGCUCAAGCUCACGCUGCCGUAAUCGACAGCGUGAAAUUGCCCAGCAAUUGGGAAAUGACUGCCGGGCGGCGAUUCAUAUUUUCCCGAGAACCGGUACAGAAGGUGAUGGAACCGGUCCCGCCCUCUCCCCCGCCACGAAUCGAUCACUACGAGCCCAGCAUGGAACGACCGCAUCAGUGCGAAGUUUGCAAGAAGUGCUUCAAGCGUAGCCAACAUCUUCGGCGCCAUCGAACUUCCCAUCUGCAGAUUGAAAUCGAUCGUUCGGAAAUCAUGCGAGGAAUCACCGAACAACAGAGAGCGCAGCAACAACUGGCCGCGUUGACGAGCCAUCCCGAUGAAGAUGACGAUGCCACUCAGAAUGGUUCAACUGGCAAUGAUCUACCCAUAAAAGCGGAACAUGAUGACGAUGUGAUUGCUCUGUCGGAUGACGACGAAGACAUGGGCGAGGAAAUUUCCCCGGAAGAAUUUAUCGGCGGUCAGUUCAAUGAAGAAGACGCUUCCAACGAAAUCGUAGCGGAGCUGAAACAGCCCCGCUUGUCCGACAUUCCUCACAUUUUCUACGGCAGCGAUGAUGACCCUGAAGACGAGGACGAACGCCAAUUCAUAACCAAAACGGGAACAAUCCGCAAGCGAGCGCCACCGAUGCCGAAGCUUCCCGGCGAUCGACCGUACCAGUGCCGCAAGUGUAAGAAACUGUUCAAACGUUCCGAUCACCUCAAGUCGCAUCUCAAGACGCACCGGUCGGAGACGGACUACAACUGCGAGUGGUGCCAGAAGGGAUUCCGCUACCGGCAGAACUAUCUGAUCCACAUGAAGAACAAGACGUGCUUCGGCGAAAAGAGUUUGCUGCGCGGUCAUCAGAUGUCGAAGACGUCGUCGGGUAAUUCGGGAUCGUCUAGAAGCUCGUCGCGUGAUAAUGAUGAAGUGUUGGGCGAUUAGGGAGGGAGGAAGGAGUGCCAUUGAAUUUUGCUGUACAAAACUAGCUUUUAGGAGAUAACAGUCAUUUUUUCGAGAAUAAAAUAAUGUAAAACAUAUUUUAAAACGUAAAGAAAAGCACUAAGGAUUUAAAUUUCCUCUACUACUCAUGUAAGCUACUCGAAUGUUAAUUCAUAAGAAUCAUGUAUUUUAAUAAUCUGACGAAAGAGUAAAUAAUAAAUCUCUGAAUGUUA